AAUACCCGGAAGUUAUAAAAUAAAAGUGCCUAAAUAACCAUGGCCGAAACGCCAACUCUAAAUUAUGAGGCGAAUAUAAGUGGUUCCAAGUACUCACUAUCGGCUGCACCCACAUCAGCAUGGUAUAGUGUGCAUCAUUUGAGUACAAUGGCAGCAGGUGCCUUUAUAUUCUUCAGCGGAGGCAUGGCCAUGGCACAUGGCUUAGGAUGGUCGGUGUAUCCAACCACCGGCUAUAGCCUACACUUUCAUUUAUCCUGGUUCGUAGCGGUGCUUAUAGGCGCCAUUUUGUCGGUGCCUGCUAUCAAAAUAAUGCCCAAGAAAUAUAUCACGAGCAUUUCAGCAGCAUUGAUUCUAAUGGGUGGCAUUGUUUUCAUAGUUGCUCCCUAUAGUAUAGAUGUCCUAAUUGCUGGACGCUAUCUCAAUGGCAUGGCAGUAGGUUUGGCCAUCACUCCAUAUCUCAUGCUGAUUGGGGAUAUAUCACGUUUUGGCACCCGAGGCACUUGUCUAGGCAUUGAACAAUUAUCGCUUACCCUUGGCUUGGAACUCCAAAUCAUCAUUAGCACACAGUGGGAUGUUACCACCACAUUUGCGGUCAAUCGUUUGCAUGGACUUCUGGAUGUUGUCUUUGCCAUAUUUAUUUGCAUAGCUCUAUGGCAUUUUGUGGAAUCCCCCGUGGACUAUUUGCGCAUGGGCGAUGAGCCAACUGCCCUGAGUAUCAUGGCUCGACUAAAAAAGCCACCUGGUGCCAAUAGUGCCGCCAAUAUUUUACUCAUGGAACACAACACCUAUCUAAGUGAACAGAGUGAGCUGGGCUUUGGCAGCUGCAUAGGACCCAUGUUCAAGAUGAUACUUUUCCGAAGCAUGAUGUUGGCCUUUACUUUCUCCUUGCCUUUGACGAGAACAUUUAAAUACAGUAAAACUGCCACUUUAUCCUUGACCACUACCAUGUUGGUGGCCGGCAUACGUAUAUUAGGAGGAUUUCUUUCCCUACUAAUCACAGAUAGAUUGGGUCGAAAAUUACCCGCUUUAAUUUCGUCUUUGAUAACUGGUAGUCUGAUGAUAACUGUAGCCGUAAUAUGCCAAAAAUAUGAUAAUUUAACCAAUCCCCGUGCCAUGAGCUAUGUUUUUAGCUUCUGCUUGAUAAUACAAUUCUGGUCUGGACUUUUUGCCCCACUAACCUCGGUGUAUGUGGCUGAAGCUUUUCCCCUAAAAAGAAAAUCCUAUUGCAUUGCAUUUUGUGUGGUACUGGAACAAGUCAUCGGCAUUCUUGUCUUAUGUCUGGCAACCCCCUUGGGAGAUGAUGGCACUCUCAUUGCUCAGGGUAUUAUAAUAUUGUUGGCCAGCAUCUUCUUUGGCCUAACCAUGCCCGAGACGAAGCAAACUUCAUUGCGAGAAGCUCAGAAACGCUUUAGACAUUUCUUCAACUGGAAGUCGAUUUAAAAUUGUCUAUGUUUAACUUUGUCAGUCAUCGAUUUUUUUUUAAUAAAUAUGAUUUUAUUUUUUUGUAAAACUUUU